AAUUGCCAAUUCCCCAAUCUCUAUUUUUCUCCAUAGCUUCUUCUAAGGGCUCAUUCCUACGCAUAGCCCUCCGCCUCUAGGGUUAGGUUUAGGGUUUUCUUCAUCUUCUUCCUCUUCACUCCUCACCCUCUUGCUUCGCUUCUGUAAAUUUCUGGGUUAUCCCUCUUUUUUUCUUCUGUAAUUUCUGCAAGUGUUCCAGUUGGUUGCUCUGUUUUCGAUUUCCUUUCUCGAUCUCGAUCUGUGCUUCACUGUUAUGGAUAUGCGCAAGCGUGGGAGGCCCGAAGCUGGCUUCAAUUCUAAUGGCGGCUUUAAGAAGCAUAAGCAAGAAAUGGAGUCCUUAUCAACUGUAGGGAGCAAAUCGAAGCCAUGCACCAAGUUUUUCAGUACUGCUGGCUGUCCAUUUGGUGAAAGCUGUCAUUUCUUGCAUCACGUUCCUGGUGGUUAUAAUGUUGUGGCCCAAAUGAUGAACCUUGCGCCUGCUGGUUCUCAACCAUCUAGAAAUAUGGCAGCCCCGCCUUCUGUUACCAAUGGCGGGUCCUCCGCCCCUCCUCUAGUCAAAAAUCGCAUGUGCAACAAGUAUAACACGGCAGAAGGCUGCAAGUUUGGUGAUAAAUGCAACUUUGCUCAUGGAGAGUGGGAACUCGGGAGGCCUGGCGCUCAAUCUCAUGAUAAUCCCCGAGCUAUGGGAGGACAUAUGGUUGGUCGUAUGGGUGGGCGAAUGGACCCGGCACCCCCAGGUCCUGCUGCAAGCUUUGGUGCUUCAGCUACUGCGAAGAUCAGCAUAGAUGCCUCCCUUGCAGGAGCGAUCAUUGGCAAGGGCGGGAUCAACUCCAAACAGAUUUGUCGCCAAACGGGUGCCAAACUCUCCAUCAGGGACCACGAGUCAGAUCCAAAUCUCAGAAACAUAGAACUCGAGGGGACUUUUGAGCAAAUUAAUGAAGCGAGUGCAAUGGUUAGGGAGCUUAUUAUAACAGUUUCGAUGUCAGGACCUGGAAAAAACUCCGGCGUAGCAGGAGGUCCUGCUCCUUCAGGAAGCAACUAUAAAACAAAGCUGUGUGAUAAUUUUGCGAAAGGUUCUUGUACUUUUGGCGAGAGAUGUCAUUUUGCGCACGGGGCUGCUGAGUUACGCAAGUCUGGAGUAUGAUCGAACCAUGACAGUUUUUCCCCAUUUUGUGUAGUUUUAAUUAAUGGGAGAUUUUGUUUUCAAAGCUUGCGAUCGACACAAGAAAGUUGGGGUGUGUCUGGUUCUUAUGUUGUAGUUUUAUGAGUUUCUUGAUAUUCCUUGCUUAGAAGAUAAUUAAGUUAUUAUUUUUUAUGAUUGCUAAUCAUUUUCAGUGCCCACAGUUUUUAUGAUUGCAAAAACACAAUUUGAUA